AUGAUUUCUAUUCAAAGUCCUUCUACAGUCGUGAAUACAACGUCACUCGAAAUAAGAAGAACAACAAACUUGAUGACUACAACAAUGGUUCUCCAAGGACAUGGAGGUGAAAUCUACACAGCACAAUUCAGUAGAGAUGGAAAUAUUAUUGCCAGUGCUGGAUAUGAUCAACAGAUCUACUUGUGGAAUGUAUUUGGAGAGUGCGAGAAUUUCGCAGUUUUGAAGGGACACAAAGGAGCUGUCAUGGAUCUGAAGUUCAGUUCUGAUUCCAGCCAUCUCGUUUCUUGUGGCACCGACAAAUCAGUUCGUGUUUGGGAUAUGGAAACCGGUGAAUGCGUCAGAAAUUUCAAGUCACACACGGAUAUUGCCAAUGCAAUUGAUGUUAACCGAAGAGGUCCAGAAAUGAUUUGUUCAGCCUCAGAUGACGGAACAACUAUGGUGCAUGACUUUCGCAGCAAAGAGGCUGCGAAAACGUUCAUUGAUAAGUAUCAAAUGACUGCUGUCACAUUCAACGACUCUUCUGAGGAAGUUAUCUGUGGUGGAAUUUCAAACCAAAUCAAGGUGUGGGACAUGCGUCGAAAUGAUGUCAAAUACACGCUUCACGGUCAUCGAGAUACUAUCACUUCACUAUCUGUCAGUCACAAUGGAAACUUCUUGCUCUCGAAUUCGAUGGAUUGUACCUUAAUGACCUGGGAUAUCCGACCAUUCGUACCGGCGCAAAGAUUGGUGGGAACGUAUAAGGGAGCAGUUCAUAAUUUCGAGAAAAAUCUUCUGAAAUGCGGUUGGUCUCCAAGUGACAAUUAUAUCACAUCUGGCUCUGCCAAUCGAUUUGCAUUUGUUUGGGAUGUCAAAUCUCGUGCGUGUGUCUACAAACUGCCAGGCCAUUUAGGUUCUGUCAACAGUACUGCACUUCACCCGCUUCAACCGAUCUGUAAGUUCUCGAAGGGAUGCAACUAG